AUAACAGAACCAUGGUGUCUGUAAUACUACUAAACGUUUGAACGUUCGUUCCAGCGUACGUGCAUUCGUAUUAUCACUCAUUCCAUCUCACGACGACGAUGCAGCACGAUGUAUGGACUUCGUUUGUUGAGAAUGUCCAAGGCCGGACCACCCCCACUCAACUCUCCCCCACUGGGCCGUCGACUUUAGCCAGCUCCAGAGCAGGCUCUUUUACCGCAAAACCACCCCCUCCCAUCAGGAUGCAUGUCAAACGAGUGACCCUAACUUCGAAAAAGAAUUGGUGGAUGGUUGAGAUGGACGAGGAAGAGAACAAGAACGCAAAUUCAAUACAGGAAGAAACAGUGGUCGAUCCGUUAUAUUCAUAUCAUUUACCUGAGUAUCGGCCUUCGUCAGAGCCCUCGAAGCCCACGCCACCCCCUUCACCUCCAGUCUACAACCCGCCUCGCCAUCCAACAUCCAUUUUUUCUUUUCCUACUCCGACUUCAUACUCUGCACCUCCAAAUCCAACAGCAAAUCUAGCACCAUGUGCCAACGGGUCUGCGUCCGAAUUAUUCAAGUGCAUCGUGAAGAAGCCUGAUGUUGUGCAGCUGGAGAUCAAUGGCGAGAUGCAGUCAAAUUCCUCCGAUGUCACUGUGCAAUUCCUCGCUGAGCUUCGCGCCUAUACCACCAUCAGUCGGCAUCGAAAUAUCUGCGCUUUCCUGGGAUCCCUCGAAAAUGUCGGUAUGGUCCUCGAGUACAUCGAUGGCAGGACCUUAUACGACGUCAUUGUCGAAUCAGAAACCAAAAAAUUGUCGAAGGCCAAAAAGAUUGACUAUCACAAUCAACUUCUCGAUGGCUUGACGCAUCUCCAUUCCUUCGGUCUCAGUCAUGGUGAUUUGUCGUUGUUGAACAUUCAGGUCACCUUUAGCUCUGACACGAUCAAACUCUUGGACUUUGGUCGUUCUGUGUCAGCGAGUUCGAAAUACACUUCACCAGAUGAAGCGCCGAUAGAUCCUUUCCCAACCCUUGCCGCUCGAAAAUCUUUAGCAUGCCCUAUUCCGUCCACCCAAACGGAACAAAUACACCCUGGGACGAGACCCUUUUGCGCGCCGGAGAUACUGAGAGGGGAAUGCCAGGACGCGUUAUUGGCCGACGCGUAUAGUUUUGGUGUUAUUCUAGUGUGUCUAGAUAGGGGAACGAGCGUCGACAUGCGACCCUGGGAGCAGAGAAAGGACAUGUUACCGAACGACCUCUUUGUCGGAUGCGAACUUUUCGAAGGGAGAGCUAGAGAAUACCUGAAGAAGUGGAAUGCACCAAGGAGAAGGCUGUCGAAGGAGGAUAUGAUUACAUCUUCAUUGUGAUGUGGGUUCUACUCUUUAUUCAUGGGUUUGGACUAGGAGCAAUUACUGUUAUUCGUGGCAUUUGUAUAUUAGAUUCAUGAUCCGUUGUAACCAUUUAUAUCUCAUAAUGUAGAUACCACCAGUCUAGUUUUCUUAUCACUCA